GUUUGUUUCUUUGAAAUGAAUCUUGGUAUUUUCGAGGAAGGGUUGCCUUUAUCCAUUUGUAAUCCCUGAGCAUGGUUCCUGAAGUGAGUAAUGACCAUUUUUACCUGUCUUCUGACGCCUAGUCAGUUCUGUGCCUACCUUGAGUGAAAAUAAUAAUUUCUUUCAGUUGUGUUGUCCUUCUUGUAGGAAGGAAGGAAGAAAACUGUGGCUAUCUGGCAUCCUGCUGUGCAUAAUUGUAUAUCGUGAUAUCAAACAAUCCAGGAAAUUCGUACUAGUUCAGAUGCCAAAAUGACUCCAGUUUAGGUAUAUAGCGAACACUUGCCUGACACACUACAAAGAAUUCGCCAUAGGAUUAUCAUAAAAGUGUCAACUUAUGUUAAAUAAUAUUUAUUACCCGUCUGUGUAGGAAUAAACAUAUUUAUACAUAGAAGCGAAAUUAAAAUGAGCCAAGGAAAGCAGUGAAGCCGGAAGCAGACGUAAACAUCUCUUACAAAGCAGAUACCAGUGGGGGCGAACACAAAUUUGGAAAAGGGUCUCCCCAUUGGUCACUCGCAAGUCGCAGAAGAUUUCAUAAGUCCGUUGUUAUCACUUCUGCAUUUACUUCGUCGAUAGUUACCGAACAUUACAGUUCAAAUUGUGUAGUCAGUUCAACAGUUGGAUCUAAAUAAACAUACAAUUAUGGCAACUGAUUUAUCAUUGUCGUCUCCCGAUGUCCUGGAUCUGUGCACCCGCAAACGGCCCCGUUCUCCCGAUGACCAGGACGAAAAGAAGGCCCGCCGCCCCCCGGUCUACAAUGUGGCCACUUGUCAAUACAGCCCCGUCUCCAACAGCGACUCGGAAUCUUGCGAGAUGACAAGCAAUUCGGAGAUGAAAACGGUCAAUUUAAAAACGACAGCGUGCCGCCCCUUCAAAGCUUACACCAAGGACCCACUCAUGUUAGCGCAAGGAUUUGUUAGUCCGGAGACGCUGCUGCAGAAGGACUCGGCUCAGGCUUUCACCGAAUUCAGACAUAGUGUACUGUCACGACUGCCGCCGACAACUAACAAAGAAACUAAUCAAAAUAUGCGCCGGUUAUCCAAUACGCAAAAUAAAAACGCCGACCCAACGUACUUGGAAAAAAGACGAAAGAAUAACGAGGCCGCGAAAAAGUCUAGAGACGCACGAAGAGCUAAAGAAGAUGAAAUGGCGAUCAGGUGCGCGUUUCUGGAAGAGCAAAACCGACAUCUCAAAUACUUGACACAAAGCUUGAAACAAGAAGUGAAACGGUUACAGCAUGUCGUUUAUUUCCAGAAUCAUCGAAAUGUCUAGAAGAUUAAUUUUGAUAAUUACGUUAAAUGUGAUUUUUAUCUUGUCAGGGACUUAUUGGCCUUUGUAAAUACCGUACGACUUAAGUCUAAUUUAAUUUGUAUAAAAGCGUAUUUGUGAUCUAUGUUUAAAGUCUAUCGG